CUAAACACCGCCCUGAGGGCGGCGGCGACUGUGGUAAUUGCAGCCGCUCGGGGGCAGGGCUUGCCCCAGCGCAGAGUAGUGGCAACGGCUUGUCGAGGCUGGGGUGCCUGGGAGCCGGGAGCCCCGGGGACGUGACAUCGGCAGACCCACUCUCCCCUCCAGGAAGAGGCGCUGCCGAAUCCACGCGGGGCAGCGAGACCGCCCCGAGGGGCUUCCUCAGUGAAGGAGAAGUGGGGUUCCAGGGCACAGGUGACAGGGCCGAAGAAAGAUGGAGCAGCCCGGGGCGGCGGCGGCGUCGGGCGCGGGAGGCAGCGGCGAGGAACCCGGUGGGGGCCGAAGCAACAAGCGGAGCGCGGGGAACCGGGCCGCCAACGAAGAGGAAACGAAAAACAAACCUAAAUUGAACAUUCAAAUAAAAACUUUGGCAGAUGAUGUGCGUGAUCGAAUUACAAGUUUCAGAAAAUCUACUGUAAAAAAGGAAAAACUUCUUAUACAACAUCCUCUUGAUUCUCAAGUUGCGAUGAAUGAGUUUCCAGCUGCUCAGCCAUUAUACGAUGAACGAUCUUUGAAUUUGUCUGAAAAGGAAGUACUGGAUUUAUUUGAAAAAAUGAUGGAGGACAUGAACCUUAAUGAAGAGCGAAAAGCUCCUUUACGAAACAAAGAUUUUACCACCAAGCGUGAGAUGGUCGUCCAGUAUAUUUCUGCUACUGCCAAAUCUAUAGUUGGAAGUAAAGUUACGGGAGGACUGAAAAACAGCAAACAUGAAUGCACCCUGUCUUCACAAGAAUAUGUUCAUGAAUUACGAUCUGGUAUUUCUGAUGAGAAACUUCUUAACUGCCUAGAAUCUCUGAGGGUUUCUUUAACCAGCAAUCCUGUCAGCUGGGUUAACAACUUUGGACAUGAAGGUCUUGGACUCUUGUUGGAUGUGCUGGAAAAGCUUCUGGACAAGAAACAGCAAGAAAAUAUUGACAAGAAGAAUCAGUAUAAACUUAUUCAGUGCCUCAAAGCAUUUAUGAACAAUAAGUUUGGAUUGCAAAGGAUUCUAGGAGAUGAAAGAAGUCUUUUACUCCUAGCAAGAGCAAUUGACCCCAAACAACCCAACAUGAUGACUGAAAUAGUAAAAAUACUUUCAGCUAUUUGCAUUGUUGGAGAAGAAAACAUUCUAGAUAAACUUUUAGGGGCUAUAACUACAGCAGCGGAACGAAAUAACAGAGAACGAUUUUCACCAAUUGUGGAAGGAUUGGAAAACCAUGAAGCUUUGCAAUUACAGGUGGCCUGCAUGCAAUUUAUAAAUGCGCUUGUCACAUCUCCUUAUGACCUUGAUUUUCGAAUACAUUUAAGGAAUGAAUUCCUUCGUUCAGGACUAAAAACAAUGUUACCAGAUUUGAAAGAAAAAGAGAAUGAUGAGCUUGAUAUUCAGUUGAAAGUAUUUGAUGAGAACAAAGAGGACGACCUAACUGAAUUAUCACACCGUCUCAAUGACAUUCGUGCAGAAAUGGAUGAUAUGAAUGAAGUAUACCAUCUUCUGUAUAAUAUGUUGAAGGACACUGCUGCUGAAAAUUAUUUAUUAUCCAUUCUACAACAUUUUUUGCUCAUCAGAAAUGACUAUUAUAUCAGGCCGCAGUAUUACAAAAUAAUUGAGGAGUGUGUUUCACAGAUAGUGCUGCACUGCAGUGGAAUGGAUCCAGAUUUCAAGUAUAGACAAAGAUUAGACAUUGAUCUUACUCAUCUGAUAGAUUCUUGUGUGAAUAAGGCAAAAGUUGAAGAAAGUGAACAAAAAGCAGCAGAAUUCUCAAAGAAGUUCGAUGAAGAAUUCACGGCUCGACAGGAAGCUCAAGCUGAGCUUCAAAAAAGAGAAGAAAAAAUCAAAGAACUUGAAACAGAAAUCCAGCAACUUCGAACCCAGGGACAUGGUUCAUCAGGAAUUCCAGGCCCUCCUCCACCACCUCCACUGCCCGGUGCUGGCCCACCCCCACCUCCACCUCCACCUCCACCACCUCUACCCGGAGUAGGUCCCCCUCCUCCACCUCCUUUACCUGGGAUGCCUGGAAUACCACCACCACCGCCACUGUUUGGGGGACCUCCUCCACCACCUCCCCUUGGAGGAGUUCCUCCACCUCCGGGAAUACCCCUCGAGCUGCCAUAUGGAAUGAAGCAGAAAAAAGUAUAUACACCUGAGGUGUCCAUGAAGAGGAUCAAUUGGUCAAAGAUUGAACCCAAAGAAUUGUCUGAGAAUUGUUUCUGGUUGAAAGUUAAGGAGGAGAAGUUUGAAAAUCCAGAUCUCUUUGCAAAAUUGGCACUGAAUUUUGCUACCCAGAUGAAAGUUCAAAAGAAUGCAGAAGCUUUAGAAGAAAAGAAGACCAUACCUGCAAAGAAGAAAGUGAAAGAGUUGAGAAUUUUGGAUCCCAAAACAGCACAGAAUCUUUCUAUCUUCCUAGGAUCAUAUCGUAUGCCAUAUGAAGAAAUAAAAAACGCCAUUCUGGAGGUUAAUGAAAGCAUGUUGAGUGAGCCCUUAAUUCAGAACCUUGUAAAACAUCUUCCUGAGCAGAAGGUACUCAAUGAACUAGCAGAGCUGAAGAAUGAAUAUGAUGACCUCUGUGAACCUGAACAGUUUGGAGUUGUGAUGAGCUCAGUGAAAAUGUUGCGGCCUCGUCUCAAGAGCAUUCUUUUCAAGCUCACAUUUGAAGAACAUGUAAACAACAUCAAGCCAAGCAUCAUAGCGGUAACGCUGGCCUGUGAAGAGCUGAAGAAAAGUGAAAGCUUUAACAGACUUUUAGAGUUAAUUCUUUUGGUUGGAAACUACAUGAACUCAGGCUCAAGAAAUGCCCAGUCUUUGGGUUUUAAGAUCAACUUUCUCUGUAAGAUCCGAGAUACUAAAUCAACAGAUCAAAAGACCACCCUCUUGCAUUUUCUUGCUGAAAUUUGUGAGGAAAAUUACCGGGAUAUCCUGAAAUUUACUGACGAACUGGAACAUGUAGAAAGCGCAAGCAAAGUUUCAGCUCAAAUUCUCAAGAGUAACCUUGCAGCAAUGGAACAACAAAUUGUUCAUCUGGAACGUGACAUCAAGCAAUUCCCCAAAACAGAAAAUCAACAUGAUAAGUUUGUGGAAAAGAUGACAAGCUUUACAAAGAGUGCCAGAGACCAGUAUGAAAAACUAUUCACCAUGCACAACAACAUGGUAAAGCUCUAUGAGAAUCUUGGAGAAUACUUUAUUUUUGACUCUAAGACUGUGAGCAUAGAAGAAUUCUUUGGUGAUCUCAGCAACUUUCGAACUUUAUUCCUGGAAGCAGUGAAAGAAAACAACAAGAGAAAAGAACUGGAAGAGAAGACUAGGAGGGCAAAGCUUGCAAAAGAGAAAGCUGAACAAGAAAAGUUGGAACGCCAGAAGAAAAAGAAACAACUCAUUGAUAUAAACAAAGAGGGUGAUGAGACGGGCGUGAUGGAUAAUCUUCUGGAAGCCCUGCAAUCAGGGGCGGCAUUCCGAGACCGCAGAAAGCGGAUUCCAAGGAAUCCAGAUAACAGACGAGUACCUUUGGAAAGGUCACGGUCUCGCCACAAUGGAGGUAUCUCAUCUAAGUGAUUCCUGAUGCCAAAGAAUAAGAAAAUAUUAAAGUAAACAAAAUCAUACAGUUUGAGAAGAACAAAACCUACUCUCAAGGGAUGGAGACUAUAUAAGUACAUUUCUGCAAAGAUCAAGCUAAGCUGGAUGAAAUAGUGUGCAUAUAUAAAGCUAUUGCAAGACUCCUCCCACAGUUACACUAACACAAACACAAUUGCCAGGAUUUUAAAACAUGCAUUUCAUUUUAGUGUAAAGAUGUGUAUUAUUUGUUAUUGUGUGUGACCUGACGGUGAUGAUGAAAAAUGUAAGAAAUUGAAGAGUUCUAAAGACAUUCAAAACCAUUCAGUCUGUCAAAAAUGUAUAAUGUCACUCAAAUUUUGUCACACACACCCCAGAAAAAAGGAAGAAAAGAGAAAGAAUUCAUCAAUGUCUACUGAUUGCUGUUAAAUAGAAAAGUAAAAGACCAGUGAAAAUGUGUGUGUUAAUGGUUUGGAAAGGCACUGAUAUUGCACACUCUGUAAAAGAAGCCAUCUUGGAAACUCAGAAAAUGUACUGCUUCAUUCCCUUCAAGUUGUUUAGAAUCUAAUCUCAAGUGAAAGUUGAUGGAUUCAUCUGCUUUGGCUGAAAUUAAACUUAUCAUUAAUCUAGAGUUUCAGCAUGAUAUUGCAGGCACUUAUCAUUGCUAAAAAUAAACCAAAGUUUAACAGAAGUGGUUAGAGAAAGUAACUUAAACUUUAUUUAAAGAGGUAUUUUAUAAGUAUGCACAUAUAUCUACUUUAUACAAAUACUUUGUAUGGCUAUUUUUGAGAAAAACCUCACAUUUUAAUGUUUAUGCUAGAGUUGAACCUGCAAAUUCUGUUACCUUUAUUUAGAUUUUUAAAGGUAAAUAUUGAUCCCUGUUCUCCAUGGUUUCUUUCUUCUCUCUAUUGCUUCCUACUCCCACGACCCCCUUGAAGGCAGGGAAUAGAGUUCUAAGAGACCUGAGAGGAAAAAGAUUUCUCUCUGCAGGAGGCAGCAGAAAACUCUCUGAUAGGUCAAUUGUCUUAUCUGCCUCUUUCCUCCCCCUUUCCCAUUCUGCUGUGGUGAUCUGAAGAAGAAAAAUGAUAUACUUUAUAUAUGUGUAGAUAUUUAUAUAUCCUGCUACAAUAAUUCCAUAUCCCAGUGACUAACUGAACUUCUCAAUCAUCAUCAUACUUAACUUACCUUAUUAUAUUAACAAAUCAUUUAAAUGCUGCCAAAACAACUCUAGGAGGAAAAACCAGGCUCUACAUUUUUCUUAAAUAGAUGAGAGAGGAAAAGUCAUACUUAACUUGUCUAUUACUUUUUAAAAUGCAUUGAAAGAAUGUAGUGUAACUUCUCUGGAGUAUAAUUUUAAGACUAAUCCAUGCAGAUGAUUAUGAUUAUUGUAAAAGUUUUCUUAUGUGUAUAUUUCUUAUAUAGAAAAUCCUAUUUCUACUUCCUCUAAAGCACAUUAUAGAUAUUCAGAAAGAACAAAUGACUGGCUUGGCAAAUCACUACCUGAGAUAAUGAAAACAAGUGACCAAUAGCUCAUAGUUUCUUUUAUACAGAUGUAUAGUCAUUCAAACUGCUGCCUUUUCCUCCAGUUCAUUCUUACUUAGGUCUUAUCCUUUGCAAAGCUCUGAAGAUGCUACAAUAGAGAAAUCAAAAACAGUAACAGGAUCUGAGAUUUUACAAUUUUAUCCUGUCUUAAGACACACACAUACACACACACACAAAGAAGUUUAAGGGAUAUAUCAAUUUCACAUGCUGUUUUUUAACAAUAACAACAACAAACACUUAGGUUCUACUAAUUUAUGUAAAAACUUAACAUAUUUUUAACUUCACAAAGUCUUUUCUGAAAUCUUCAUUGUAUGGCUUCUUUGAGUCUUUUGAUAGUUUUUCAGACUGUAGGAAAAUGAUACUUUGAAAUAUUCACCCUGAUUAAUAUUUAGGGACAUUUCCCAUGCCAUAUAUCAAGCUAGUCAAGGUAGAAAUACUGUUGCAUAUCACCUUUUCCAGAUGUGAACUUGCCUUAUUUUUUAGUUUGUGGGGGAAAAAAAGUACAGUUGUUGAUAAAUUAUAUAUUUGUAUUUAGAGUAAUCCUACACACUUUUCACAAACAUUGAGAACUUUCAGGGUCUUUCAUGAAGCUCUGAUAACUCAAUUAAAGGGUUUGCUUCCCAGAUUUAUAAUGGUCCUGCUCUAGCCAUUUGUAGUUUGUUUGGGGUUGAAAAUUAU